ACUCGUACUCUCAUAUUAACUAAUAAACUGAUUAUAUUAUUGAACGAAAAUGUUUAAAAGAUUGUGAGUUUUCGAAUUCUCAAAGAUACGCGAUAUGUAGUGUCCUAUAGUGUGGGUCUUAUUCAUUCAAAACCAAUUAUUCGUGAACACAAAUCAAUUCAACAUGAUAAUUACAAGUAGUUUUUCAUACGAUUUUAUAAUAUCAAUAACUACUUUGAUUGCAAUUCUAUUCUUUUAUAUAAAAUAUAAAUACAGUUUUUGGAAGACUAGAGGAAUACCACAACUGACACCGACUUUUCCUUUUGGUAAUUAUGUUAAAUCGCUACCUAAAGGAAUAGCACUUGGAGCUGUCACAAAAAGAUACUAUGACGCGUUUAAAAAAAUGGGAUGUAAAUUUGGAGGAGUUUAUAUAGGCCUCGAUCCUUAUUUGGUGAUUAUGGAUCCUAAUUACGCCAAAGAUAUCUUGGUAAAAGAUUUUCAGUAUUUUGUAGAUCGAAAUCUUUAUUGUAAUGAAAAAGAUCGUAUAACUGCUAACAUUAUCAGUAAAAGAGGCAACGAAUGGAGAGCUGCAAGGGAGAAAUUUUCAGUGUUGUUCACUACAGCAAAACUUAAACAGUACUUUAGUGUGAUAGAACAAUGUACCGAGAAUUUGAAACAAACAUUGAAACCUUUUAGCAAAGGUGACGUAGAUUUAAAUAUAUACGAUGUAUUAUCUUGUUAUACAACGGAUGCAAUUGGGACAGUUUUUCUUGGAGUUGCUGCAAACAGUUUUGACCAGUCUGAUGGCAGUAUUCGAAAAACUGGAAAAGAAUUUUUUUCCGAACUUUCCAUUAUACAUCGAAUACGUCUAUUUCUAACAAUUUGUUAUCCAAAUUUGGCAGCAAAUUUGAAAAUAUCUAACAUAGAUUCUCAUAUUCAGAAAUUUUACGCAAAUUUCAUAAGAGAAAUUUUGAAAUUCAGAGAAAAGAAUCAAGUUAAUAAAAAUGAUUUGAUACAAAUGGUUGUUGAAAUGAAGCAAUCCGGAAUGGAUUUGACAUUAGAUGAAAUGAUAUCAGAGAUACUAUUUUUUUACUUGGCUGCAUACGAAACUUCAUCCGGGACUGCAUCUUUUAUAUUGCUCGAACUUGCUUUACAUCAAGAUGUGCAGGAUAAAGUGAGGGAGGAAAUUAUUCAAGUCACCAAUAAAUACAAUGGAAAGCUAACUUUCGAAGCUGUGAAUGAAUUGACUUAUUUACGUCAAGUUUUCGAUGAAACUGGAAGAAAAUAUCCUACGUUGGCUACUAUUGGCAGAAUUUGUGUUAAGGACUAUACGUUCAAAAACUGUGAUAUCACCAUCAAAAAAGGAAUGUCAGUAAUAAUACCAGUUUUGGGAUAUCAUCACGAUGCCGAUUAUUACCCAGAUCCUUCAAAAUGGGAUCCCGAUAGAUUUGCUGACAAAAAUGAAAGACAUGAAGGUUACCUUAUGUUUGGAGCAGGACCAAGAAACUGUAUAGGUUCCCGAUAUGGUGUUAUUCAAGUUAUAUUAGGUCUAGCAUCGAUUUUAGAAGAUUACCAAGUGUUCGUUAGUCCUAAUACAGAGUUACCAUUGGUAUUCGAUGAACUAACUUUUGUUACUAAGAUGAAACAAACUAUAUAUUUGAGGUUGAAGAAAUUGGAAAAUUGAAAUACGAAACUGGAAUUUGUUAUCAAUAUAUGAAUGGAAGUAACUUUGUGUAAUUAAUAACCGUAUUUAAUUAAUUUUAUGAAAUACAUACUGUUGGAAAUCUA